AUGUGCUGCACCCCUCUGUACGGCCCCACUCCAGGCCUCAGGGCCCCAGACACAAAGCCACUGCCGCUCCAGAUGCAGAUGCCACCCCCAACUCUUCAGCAACCUGUCCAGCCCCGCAACGAGCGGUGCCUUCCAACUCUAGAGCAAAUAUUUCAGAACAUAGAACAAAAAUGUAGUCAUUAUCAGAGGUGGAGACGUUUAGAAGUUGUUCUUAAUCAGAAUGAAGCUUGUACUUCAAAAAGUAAGCCUCACUCCUCAGCACUCACAGCACCUACUUCUCCAAGUUCCUCCUGGAUGAAGGAGGACCAACCCAUCUUUACUCUCAAACAAGUUGGAAUAAUAUGUGAGCAUCUCAUAAAAGGCUAUGAAGAUAAAAUUCGGGAGGAGUAUGAGCAAAUCUUCAAUAUCAAACUAGCAGAAUAAUAAGAAUCUUUUGUGAAAUUCACACAUGAUCAGAUUAUGCGGCAAUGUGGGACAAGGCCCACAAGAUACGUGUCCUGA